GUGUAUUUACCGGGACACUUCCCACGUUCUGUGUAUUUACCGGGACACUUCCCACGUUCUGUGUAUUUACCGGGACACUUUGCUUAGUUUCUUUACAGAGGUUAAUUUACGUCCUACCGGUACUAGUUAAUUGUUCCAGUAGUUCGUGGAACACCGACUCAGGCCUCGAGGAACAAUAGGGUUCCGUGGAACAACUUUUGGGAAGCACUGUUGUCGAUGGAGAGCUACUAUCUUCUAAAAAAGUCUUGCGAUUUCAACUAAAUUUACUUAUGAUGUAAUGAGAAUAGGCAUCAUGUAUUAUUUCGACAAUGUUAACAAAACAAUAUGUGCAGAUACUUUAAAACUUACUGAAAGGUCAUGAAAAAGUUUAUUACAAAGACUACCCAAGCAGUACAAAGUAGCUGAGUAAGAUUAUCGGAUGUUGUUGAUUUUGUUUUUGUUCAAGUUGUAAGUAAAAAAAAAAAUGAGUAACAGUACAGUCCUAAAUAACGUUUUGGCAACACAGUCUUAUUUGACGGACAAGAUUAUCGGCGACAAGGUUCGACAAAUCUGGUAUGUAGUUCUAAAGUGUGCCAUGUACGACCUGUUUGCUACCAUCGGCAUUGUAGCGAAUGUCAUUAAUCUUUCAGUCUUCUGGGAAAUGGGAUGCCACGAUAGUGCUGGAGUUACGUUAAUCUCCCUGACACUGUCUGACCUGGUCAGCCUCCUGAUCUUAUUUUGGAUGGGAAUGUGCUAUAACCCUUUGUUUACCUAUUCUGACGUCAGCUUUGACACUCAGUCCGUCGUGUACCUCUCCGGCGGCUGGCUGAAGAUCUACAUUUCCAGGGUGACCAGCUGGAUUACCGCAUUUCUCUCUUUAGAGAGAUGCCUCUGCAUCGCAAUGCCCUUGCGGGUCAGGCGGGCGCUGACCAAGUCCAGAUCCGUCUACAUUAACGCUGGCAUCUUCGUUGUCAUCUUCUGCAUGCUGCCUCCCAUCUACUCGACGACCUGGCUAGACUGGCAGUGGUUUCCAGACCGGAACAGAACCCUCCUGGGGUUAGACUUCUCCAGCGACCGCGAUCAUGUCUAUGACACUGUAGCCUUGGUCAACGUCGUCCUGACCUACGUAUCCUUCUUCAUCAUUCUGGCCUGCACUCUGCUCCUGGUGGCUACCCUCAACAAGCAGCUUCAGUGGAGGAACGCUACGUCCAAGAAGCUCAGCUCGGCCUCAUCCAAGGAGCUCCGGGUCAACAAGAUGAUCGUCCUCAUCGCUCUGCUCUUCAUCUCUUUCUUCUUCCCGGGCACCGUGGUGCUGCUCGUCAUGGUCUUCGUGCCAGAGUUCAACAAGGGUAUGUUCUACAACAACCUCUUCACUGUGGUCUGGGCAUUUAUUCACAUCCUGGAAGCCUGGAACUCUUCCUUCAACAUUUUUGUCUAUUACCACAUGAGCUCCAAGUUUCGUUCCAUCUUAAACUACAAGUUUCGCUGUUUACGUCGGAGUUUUGGUAAGACAGUAACGGACAAGUUAGACCAAUGUAAUUAUGACAGCACAGACUUUCAGUAAGGAAACACCCCGAAUUCCUUGCAUCUAUUCCAUUAUUCCAAAAGAAUUCUUACUAAGUACUACACCUAUUUUCAACGAAGUAAUUCCGGAGUCAAAGAGUUAAUAUAAGAUACUACG